AUGUCGUAUGAGAUCCUUCGUACGUACUUGGCGGUGCGGGUGAUAGGCAGGGGGAUUUUCAGUACGGGAUUCGGCAUUUUGAAAAGCCUACAGCUCACAUAUAUACAUGGCGAUGUCUCACAUGCCAAGAGCUUCACUCUUUCUCACGUUCUCGCAUUUCGGAUCUUCCGUUCGUUUUCUUCGUUCGCUGUUAAAAUCUGUCUUCUCAUUCUUCUUUGUUUUGAAUGCAUCGAUAUGUUUGUGUCUUGCGUUCAGCUAACUUUCGUUUUGACCUGGUCAUGCCUUGCUGCUGCGCUUUCCAUCACAGUCAGUGACCAACAGACCAGUGUGGGUGCAGUAGGCACGAAUGCAAUAGAUGGGAACAACGCAACAUUCUGGCAUAGUCUGUAUAAACCUACAGCAGCACCCCUUCCGCAUACUGCAACGUUGGAUUUGGGAGCAAUAACAUCAGUCCGAGGAUUCACAUAUUUGCCUCGUCAAGAUGUCAAGCCUGGACUUCCGCUGAAUGGCAAUAUUGGACAACAUGACAUUCUGAUAAGCUCCGAUAAUGUAACGUGGACAACAGUGGUUUCCAGAUCAGUUUAUCCUGAUACCAGGGAUUUCAAGAGCGAGUCCUUCCCUGACGCCCAAGCCAGAUAUGUGAGAAUCAUCGCGUACACAGAGGCUGGCAACCGUGGACCAUGGACGAGUGCGGCCGAAUUUAAUGUGGUGAUGAGCCCGUCGAUCACUGCUGCGUCAAGUAGCUCCAGUACUUCGACCAGUUCUAGUAUACCAGCGGCAUCAAGCACAUAUUCAGCUACGAACACAGCGCCAACGACUGCCGCUACGAUCGUUACCAUUAGCGUGGAUAGUUUCCAAACUGGAAAUGAAGGACCAAAAGCCAUUGAUGGCGUUCGAAGUACAUUAUGGCACAGCAGAUAUAAGCCAGAUAUUGUUCCACUACCUCACAACGCAGUGCUCGACCUAGGUGUCACUCAGCAAGUCACUGGCCUCACAUAUCUUCCACGUCAAGACGUAGCAGCCGGCAAACCUCUCAAUGGCAACAUUGGUCAAUACAAAAUCGAAACCAGUACGGAUAGCAAUACCUGGACCUUCGCCACUAAUGGCACCUACAAGGAUGACGCCACCCUCAAAACCUCCAACUUUCCCCUCACAUCCGCCCGCUACGUUCGCAUUACUGCCCUCACCGAAGCAGGCAAUCGCGGACCCUGGACCAGCGCCGCCGAAUUCGGCAUCUCAAUCAUCUUCAACGCCUCAACCCCAUCGCCUCCUAGCCGCGGAAAAUGGGGUCCCGUAUUCCAACUCGGCAUUGUCGCAGCAGGCGCGUUUGUUGUUCCCGGAAGCGGGAAUGUAAUCAGCUUCUCGCGGAGUGGGAAGAAAGAUGGUGGUGCAGGGACAGGGAAUACGUGGACGUCGAUAUAUAAUUUCGCUACUGGGGCUGUGACGCAGCGGAAUGUGGCCGAGACGAAACAUGACAUGUUUUGUCCGGGUAUGUCGCAUGAUUUCAAUGGCAAUUCGAUUCUGUCGGGUGGACAAGAUGCAGCGGUUGUUAGUCUUUAUACGCCUGGGAGUGAUAGUUGGUCCAUCAUGCCGCAAAUGAAUCUUCUGAGAGGAUAUCAAGCCCAGACUACGCUGUCCGAUGGUCGAACCUUCCUCAUUGGUGGUUCAUGGCUUGCAAAUCCUAACGACCGCGGGGGCAAAAACGCCGAAAUUUAUGAUCCAGCAACAAACAAAUGGACUAUGCUCCCCGGAUGUCCAGUUGGUCCCAUGUUGACCAAUGACAACAACGGAAUUUAUCGAUCAGACAAUCAUGGAUGGCUAUUUGCCUGGUCGAACGCCACAAUUUUCCAAGCUGGACCCAGCAAGAAUAUGCACUGGUAUGACGCAAAAGGUACUGGGUCCGUAACAUCAGUUGGAACCCGCGCUUCAGAUGAUGACGCCAUGUGCGGUAACGCGGUCUUAUACGACGCCGCAGCUGGUAAAAUCUUCACCGUGGCCGGAGCCCCCAGCUAUGAAAAUGCAGCCGCCUCCGCUGCUGCACACCUAAUAACCAUCGGCGCCCCAGGUAGCACACCCAGUGUAGUGACUCUCCCUUCGCUGCGUUACGCACGCUCCUUCUCCAACGGCGUAGUCCUCCCAGACGGCAAAAUCUUCGUCAUAGGUGGACAGCCCUACCCGGUGACAUUCACAGACACAAACGCCAUCAUGCAGCCCGAGAUGUGGGAUCCCGUGACCCAGACUUUCGAGCUCAUGCCGCCGCAUCAGAUACCGCGGUGUUACCAUAGCGUUGCACUGCUCUUGCUUGACGGCACGGUCUUUACAGCAGGGGGUGGUCUUUGCGGGAGCUGUUCUGUCAAUCAUCUCGAUGCAGAGAUCUACAGCCCCGGAUACCUGUUCAACAGUGACGGAACAGCCGCCACGAGACCAGUCAUCACAUCUUGUUCUGCUAGUGUUAGAGUCGGAGGCACGAUCAACGUUGUAACGGAUUCGCCGGUAGUGAGGUUCUCGUUGAUUAGGUAUGGAAGUGCGACGCAUACGGUGAAUACUGAUCAGCGACGGCUGGCGUUUGAUACUGGAUUUAGUGGCACGACCAAUAUCAUUACAGUUCCUGGGGAUCCAGGGAUUGCGUUGCCCGGAGUGUGGAUGCUUUUUGCGUUGAAUGUACAGGGUGUGCCGAGUGUGGCGAAGACUGUGUGGGUUACGGCAGGAGGGUAUUAG